UUAUAAAACUGGGACAACAAUUUCCCUGUCUGGAAGGGAAAUUUGUUGGCAUUACCGCAUGCUAGACAGCACCACUAAUCGGGGGGAGCAAUGUUGGCUGUCAGUCUGUGGAGAACCGGAACACGAUCAUCAUCAAAGUGUGGUCACAGAUAUCAACAUGCCACCAGUGAAACUGCCCAUGACUAUAACAGAAUCCUUUGUACACAAAUUUGCCCACAUCGUGAAAGCCAGAAGCAAGGCAUGCAUCCGGAAACUACCUCGAGCAGCAAGAAUUGGACUUCCGGUUUACCUUCAGCAGAUUCAGAACAUGCAGAGAGAAGCCGACUCGUACUACGAAAUUUUAACAACUCUUCCAAUACAAGUUUCUGCAGACAUAAGUUAUGCAGUUUUUAGGAAUAUUAUUAAUACCAUCGCCAAAUAUGACUCAAAAUAUAAGAGUUUAAAGCGACGGGAUUUUUCAGCUUAUGAUGAACAGUAUAACACUGCAUGCAUAAACAUAGUUAGAUCUGUGUUGUGUCCAUCCAUUUCAUACUAUGAUACAACGCAAAUGUUGUCCAGUUUUGCACAGAAACUUGUAAUUGAAACACUGGAUAGUCUCAAUAAUUUAUCUAGUUUGAUCUUCGACACUGAAACGGAAAUUGACCACUCGGCUCUAUUGGCAAAUAAUAUCCAUCACCUAAGAAAGUUGGAGACGUUUAAAUAUAAGUUUCAUUGCUCAGACACAGUUGUGGAAGAACUGGGGUUGCACUGCAGCGAGCUGAAGGUUAUCAGUCUGAGCAACUCGAGAGCUGUUACUAAUGUUUCCGUAUCCCACCUACUGAGACUCAAGAAAUUACAAUACGUAAAUGUGUCGAAAACUUCAAUCUCUUGUGAAUUAUAUCAGUUACUACUCAUAAACUUGCCGGAAAUUGAAAAUAUUAAUUGUCGAGAUCUACAUGAGAACGUUUUGGGUAAUAUUGCAACAGAGAGUCUCCACACGGUAACAAAUUAUCGAGGGCCUAUUAUUAAUACGGACAAUCUAAUACAGAAAUGCUCUAACAUAACUAGUAUAAUACUGUAUGAAGUUAAUGAGGAUGUUUCAAAACUGUCAGCAUUAAAUAGCUUGAAAUCGCUGGAUAUUACAGGUGGAAACUAUGAAACGUCAAAUCUGAAUAUGUUCCUGAAAGAUAGGGGGCUUAAACUUUGCGAACUACAUCUGCAUAAUGUUUUAAAAGUAAACACUUCCCACAUUAUAAAGUACUGUUCUGCUCUGUUGUCUCUGAGUCUUGAGGAGUGCAUAUUCGAGCCAUCAGGGAAACAUGCAGUGUUCGAUCGUGCAACACCUCACUAUAAAAGUACGCAGAUUUUAAAUUUGACAGAGGCUGUUGGGCAUGAGGUGCACUUCGAACAUUUGAUACAUUACGUAAACCUGGUAAAAUUGUACAGCAAAGGAGCGAGAAUCAUUAAUGACCAUUCAAUACACAAAGCUAUAAAGCUAGGUGGACUCGGAAACCUCGAGGAAUUUCGAGUUGAAGAAACCAGGUUUGGGGCUUUGACUGUGAAGACUGCUAAGCGACUAAUACGUCACUGUAAAAACCUGACAAUCCUGGGGUACCUGGAAUGUUGGACUAAAGUUAAUGAACGACAAAUACGUCAACUUAAACAUAAAACAGAAAAGAAAAAAUUGGAUCUUCAGAUACUGACACACACAUAAUCUUGUUGGUAGUCUACAUUAUUUCACUCAUAGGCAUUCCUACAUAUGCUUUGCACGAGUAUUAUUUUGUACACGUAUGGUUUACUAUAUGUAUUUUACAGUGCCUUAUACGUACAAUGUCUCGUAUGUUCUCCACUAGACAGAUUAUUUUAAUUAGUAACUUUUACGAGAAGCGAAAAUUUUAAUGUGGCAUUACAGCUUAGUUUUCGUUAUGCUGACCUGUGUACUGUGUUCAAAGACAACUGUUCUUUAACAAGGUGUGAAGAAAUACAAAUAGGAAUCUAGGCGCUUGAAUACACUAAUUUUAAAAUGUGACAGUUAUUAAUGGCUACAAUGCGUAAAGUGCUUAAUUUUGACUGCUAUAAACCCCAUGGAUGGUUUAAAUACAAAACGAAUAAUUAAAUGAACCCUUAUCAGGAAACUGUUUUAUCCAUUUGUGAGGUCGAUCUCGUAAUAUUGUAAGACGUGGCAUGAUUAAUUGCUCAAGAGCUUGGAAUUCAUUAAGUGUUCCGUUAAAUAACAAGCAUACUGAACUGGAAUCUUAGAAUUUUUUGUGAAAAUUGCUUAGCAGUAAAAAAGCAUUCAUAUAGGUAUCAAUUGUGGUGUGAAUUUGAAAAUAAAAUAAUGGAAGAUGACUUCAGGACUGUUGUUUUACUGAUAUUUUCUGGUGGUAGUAAUUAAAUGUUCUUUAAUUUUUGUUUGGCUCAUAUUACAAUAAAUUUGAUAAAGGUUCCUUGAUAAGUGUUUAUUAACCAUUUAGCAGGCAAGCGGAAUGUCGUAACGCUGAUUCAGGUGGAUCGGAAAGUCAUGAAACCCAUUAUUACUGUCAAAAAGUAAUCUGGAGAGGUACAUUAAGGAAAUAAAGCUUAUAGAAUGACGAUGGAGAAGUGUAA